AACUCAAUGUAUUAUAUGUAGCUCCAACUCUCAAAUUACGAAAAAUUAAAGAAAAGCAUCAGAGCUUCACAAAUCAAAAUGAAGGGCGAUGUAUUAAUUACUUUGAAAUCCUUUGGCAUAAUGCAAGCAAAUUGCUAUAUCAUUUAUUUGUAGUAGUGUUAUUUGUAUAUACAGUGAAGGGCUAAAGCCUACAUACAGUUUUCCUGUUUCCUGAAAUUUGAAUAUUAAAGGGAAAACUAAUGAUGCAGUUUUGGUAUCAAAUGUAUUCCGUGAAAACCAAAGAAUGUUAGGAAUGAAUCGUCGUGGAAUUAAUUCCGUGCCUACAAUAUCAUCUCAAUCAGCAAUGGACGAGAACAGUUGGAAGAAUAUGAAUGUACCCGAAAGCACAACGCUUUUGACUAAUACAAACAACAACUCAAAUAUGAACAACGAUGGGUCAAAUCAAAGUGGAUUUCCGCAAAGCAGUAUUGCAUAUAAUUCAAGUAACAGCCAAUAUCCUCAAGGUGGUCAAUCAUCGCCGGCUGGCAAUCAAUCAAUAAUUUUUCAGAACACAAAUCCCCCAGGAUCUAAUACUCCUCAGUAUACUUCAUCGCCUGCCCCAUCUGGUUCAUCGACACCUGGUCCUGUUGUGCAACAAAAUAUUGGAGGCUCUUACACACAAUCCACUGGCUCUGGAUCCUUUAAUGGAUCAGUAGGAGGACCGUUUGGUUCGCCAUCUUCAAAUAUAGCUCAAUUUAACAGACCAUCAAGUUCUGGAACACCAUUUAGCGCCACCCAGGGAGGUCAUUUUGCUUCGCAAGCAGUUUUUGGAGUAGGUGGUCAAUUCGGCAGCUUACCAACAGCAUCACCUUUCAGUCAUACAGGUACUCAUGGAAUGAUAGGGAAUCCGCAGCAAAUAGAACGUAUGGAACAGGGAUUCAGGCGUCAUAAUUCUUAUUUUAGUCAUACCGAACAUCGAGUGUUUGAAUUAAAUAAGCGUCUUCAGCAACGUACAGACGACAGUGAUAACUGCUGGUGGGAUUCUUUUACUACUGAGUUCUUUGAAGAUGAUGCGAGAUUAACAAUACUAUUUUGUUUAGAAGACGGUCCAAAACGAUAUACUAUUGGGAGAACUUUAAUACCUAGAUUCUUUCGUAGUAUUUACGAAGGUGGUGUGUCUGAUUUGUACUUUCAGCUUAAACAUGCAAAAGAGUCGUUUCAUAAUACAACAAUAACGCUUGAUUGUGACCAAUGCACAGUUAUUACACAACAUGGAAAGCCAUUUUUUACUAAAGUAUGUGCUGAUGCGAGACUAAUAUUGGAAUUCGUGUAUGAUGAUUAUAUGCGGAUAAGAUCGUGGCACAUGACAAUCAAAGGACAUAGAGAGCUUAUUCCAAGGUCCGUAAUAGGCACAACAAUGCCUCCUGAUCCUAUGUUAUUAGAUCAAAUAACAAAGAAUAUUACGAGGGCAGGAAUUACUAAUUCUACCCUAAAUUAUUUACGAUUAUGUGUUAUCCUUGAGCCCAUGCAAGAAUUGAUGUCGAGGCAUAAAGCAUACGCCCUCAGUCCACGCGAUUGUUUAAAAACUACGCUUUUUCAAAAAUGGCAAAGAAUGGUUGCUCCUCCAGGAAAAAAGGAUCCACAAAGACCAGCUAACAAAAGACGCAAGCGAAAAGGUUCAAAUUCCGGCGGAGCCGCCAAUGCUGGUACGCCUCCAGUAACUAAUCAAAAACGAUCUCCUUCUGGUCCCAAUUUUUCUCUGUCUUCACAAGAUGUAAUGGUUGUAGGUGAACCAACUUUAAUGGGUGGUGAGUUUGGCGAAGAAGAUGAAAGACUAAUAACCCGUUUAGAAAAUACUCAAUAUGAUGGAACAAAUCCUGUUGAACAUGAAAAUCAUUCUGGGUUUGGUCAUGCAGACUCUCCAAUAUCAGGAUCCAACCCUUGGAAUAUUGAUCGAACUGGAAACAUUCCCUCAAGUCCUGGCAAUGCUUCCGUGCAACAAAGUAAUUCGAAUAUAUCUGAAAUUGACAAAAAGAGUCCAAUUGUUUCACAAUAAAUGACACCAUUUUAAGUGUACCUAUAGAUUUGUGUAUGUAUAUCAUUAUAUAUACAAAUGAAUAAUAAUUUUAUUUGAAAAAAAAAUGU